AACGAUGGAUCUCACACAACUCGUGAGCUAUCUUGCACCACCUGCAUUCCCGAAUGUAUCUGCUGUUUCAGCAGAUAUUCUUGGCACUGCUAGUGUGUUCAGCUACUCACGCAUCUGCCUUUUGAGCGUAGUAUUGGUCUUUCUCGAACGCAUAGAUUUGAGUGGCUCAUAUUGGGCUACGUUGGGUCAGAGACCGAUUUCAUUCAGGAACGCGUUCAUCGCCGGUCAAUUUCGCCCACUCGUUUACCCCACAUCACGUGAAGGACAUUUGUGGGGAAUGGCGCUCGCCCAGGUUGCAGCUGACGCCAAUGUCUGGGGAUCUUCCCAUUCGUGGGCCGUUGUUCCCCAUGUCCUGCCACGGAUAAAGCCCCUGCCGAGGACUAAUCCUGUGUCAGCUAUUCGUACGCCAUCAUACCAAGGUCCAGAUACCUAUUUUUGUUUUCUAUAUAGGGUGAGAAGCUCAAGCCUUUGAAUGGGACCGCGGACGUUUGGCAUCUCUCGCUUUCCCACUUGAUUUUCCUUCUCUCAUUCAGUUAUUCGGUUCGUCGACCGAGAGGAAACAGCGCGCUUUUUUCCCCACGAACAUGUCAUCGUCGCUGGAGAAGAGUCGGGCGCGAUCGCCCUCUGCAUCGUCCACUCGCCUCUCGGAUGAAAAGGCCCGAAUUGUCCGUACGGAAAAUGUUGACGAGGACGUUGAGAAGAGGCUUACACAUGAGGUGUACAAUGCCCAUGUCGACGUCAGCGGUGUUGAUGAGCGCAAACUCUUGCGCAAAUUAGACCUUGCAUUGGUUCCGUGGCUCUCGUUCUUGUACUUGUUGAGUUUCUUGGAUCGAACAAGCAUAGGCAAUGCCAAAUUAUAUGGAUUGGAACAGGACUUGCACAUUAGCGACACGCAAUACAACAUUGCACUCACGAUAUUCUUCUUCUCUUAUUCGGUCUUCGAGGUACCGUCUAACGUUUUCCUGAAACGUCUGCGUCCGUCCGUAUGGCUUUCGCUACUCAUGUUUCUGUGGGGUAUCAUGAUGACUGUGCAAGGGCUCGUCCACAAUUAUGGCGGACUGCUCGGGAUGCGAUGGAUGCUUGGUCUCUUUGAGGCCGGUCUCUUCCCAGGCGUAAACUACUAUCUAUCAUGUUGGUACAAGCGUUCAGAGUUCGGCAUUCGCGCAGCGGUCUUCUUUUCCGCUGCAACAGUGUCUGGGGCAUUUGGAGGGCUUCUCGCUGUAUGUGCCGCUAUCUCAAACAUGGACGGAAUCGGCGGGAAGCCAGCUUGGGCGUGGAUCUUCAUCCUGGAAGGCCUCUUGACCGUUAUCGCAGGAGCGAUGUCAUUCUGGAUCAUCCAGGAUUUCCCUGAUACCGCGAAGUUCUUGACCGAAGCCGAACGGACUGUGGUCAUUCGUCGUCUGCAAGAAGAUGAUCAGUUCAGUGCGGCUGGCGAAAAGCUCAAGUGGAAGUAUAUAUGGCAGAGUCUGUUGGAUUGGAAGACAUGGCUUGGAAUGCUCCUCUACAUGGGUUCCGAUGGCCCACUUUAUGCUUUCUCUCUGUUCUUGCCUAGUAUCAUUAACGAGCUUGGCUACACCGCAACGCCAGCCAAUCUUCUGACUGUGCCGGUUUACGUCGUUGCAUGUGGCAUGACAUGUCUGGUCGGUUGGUACGCUGACAAGAAAGGCCAGAGAGGCUACCUGAACAUGUUCAACUGUUGCGUUGGUGCUGCUGGAUAUAUCAUUCUCAUAGCGUCGCGGAAUGCCGGCUUAUCCUAUUUCGGUGUUUACCUGGCAGCUUGUGGGAUUUAUCCCAACAUUCCGAACACAAUUGCUUGGGUGUCGAAUAACGUGGAAGGCUCCUACAAGCGGAGUGUCACUCUAGCUAUGGUGAUCAGCUUUGGCAACAUCAACGGCGCUGUUAGCUCGAACGUCUACCGGGCGCGGGACAAACCGUGGUACACCUUGGGCCAUGGGAUCGUCCUGAUGUACAUCGGCAUAGGCUUCAUUUGCUCUGUGCUAUUCAUGGUGCUGCUUAAGAGAGAAAACGCGAAACGCGACAGAGGUGAACGCGACGAAAUCAUCGAAGGGGUUAAUGACAACAACACAGACCUUGCAAAGAACGGCACGUUCGCCAGUGUGGUGGAUGCUAAGCGCGAGAAGGGGGAUGCCUGGAGCGGGUACCGUUACACUAUUUGAAUAACUGUAAUGAUCCCUGGAUGCUCGACCUGUAUUUCCUAAACGUGUAAAUUAGAUUCCCAUCGCUGUUUCUGUACCUUUAACUCUGACAAAAGUCCGUUCUAUCUCCUUGCCGAGUGUGAACAAGCGAUGUGGGUCAGUGGAAUAGCCGCAGACAACCGCACCGGCCCUAAAG